AUGGCAAACACAACUUCUCCAACGAUCAUUCCAGUGACCGGCAAUCCCUGGGGUCCGGAAGCAAUUGGCACUCUUACCUUUGGAUUGGUUGCGACUAUCCUCUCCGUGGUUACUCUGAUAAUGGCCUGUGUCAAAUACGCUUGGUGUCCUUGGCAAAAUCAUCAGGCUCACUUGCAGACGAGGAAAUUGGGCUUCCGGAAUCAAGGACCACAAGCUCUGAGGAUCAGAGCCAAGUUGAUAUCACGGAUCUACGCCCUGGGACUGGUCAUUUUGUGA